AUGCAUAUGAUCAAGAACAUUCUAAGCGGCCUAGCCAUGGCUGGGCUCGCUACUGCAUGCGGAAGCGAUACGGCGACUGUUAGCACUCCAACCACCAGCGCCCCAGCCAGUAGCACUUCAGCUAGCAGCACUCCAGCUAACGGUACUCUGACCAACGGCACGAUAACCAACAGCACGGUACCUUUUCGGAAUGUCGUAUACUUCGACCAAUAUCACACUGCUAUCCUUCCAGGCAGAGACGUAACGGCAGGUAUUACCCACGUUAUCAUGGCCUUCGCCAAUUCAUCUCUCUUCGCCUCCGAGACGGUAGGAACUUACGAGCCAUUCAUGCCUCUCGACAAGGUUCGCGCCAUGUUCGACAACGGAACUCAGGUCGGCAUCGCGAUCGGCGGAUGGGGUGACACGGCCGGCUUCUCGAAAGGGGCCGUGUCAGAAGAGAGCCGCGGCAUGUUCGCAAAGAACGUCGCGACGAUGAUAGAGACCCACGGCUUCGACUUCGUAGAUAUCGACUGGGAGUAUCCAGGCGGCAACGGCGCCGACUACAAACAGACUCCCAAUUCGGAUAAAGCAAGUGAGAUCACGACCUUCCCGCUGUUUUUGCAACAGAUCAAGAACGCUAUCUCCCCCAAGCAACUCUCGAUUGCCGUCCCUGCCAUGCAACGCGAUAUAAUCGCAUACUCAGGGCCCCAGGCAUCGUCGAUUUUCGCUGCUGUGGACAUGGUCAACCUUAUGUCUUACGACAUGAUGAACCGUCGCGAUGGCACUACUUCACACCAUACAUCCGUCAAGGGAGCAGUUAAUGCCACCAAAAUGUACCUGGACCUAGGCCUACCGCCCUCCAAGCUCAACCUCGGCUUCGCAUACUACGCGAAAUACUUCAUGACGCCACCUGACGCGAACUGCACCCAGCCCAUCGGUUGUCCUGUUGUCUCGGCCGAGAACGGCGACGGCUCUGAUGCCGGUACUUCAGGAGCCAUGACUUUCGAGAAGGCGCACGUUCAUCCGCCGCCACCACCUCCGAACAUGGCCACGUCUAACGACGGCACCUGCGGCGCUGGUACGAGCUUCAAGUGCCCCGAGGGAACUUGCUGCUCUCAAUACGGAUCCUGCGGCUCCACGACCGAGUACUGCGGCAUGGGAUGCCAGUCCGCAUACGGCAUGUGCAAGGCUCCGGACGUAGUCGCUUCGUUCGGCAAGGCGCUUGCGAACGGCCAGCUCGACGAUAAGGAGGGCGGCAUGUGGUACUGGGACGCGGACAGCAAGCUGUUCUGGACCUGGGACUCGCCGGUGUUGAUUGUCCAGAAGGUCCGUGAGAUCGUCGCGCCUAUGAAACUGGGUGGCGUGAUGGCUUGGAGUCUGGGCGAGGACAGCGAUAGCUGGGAGCAUGUCGGGACCGUCGCGAGGGCGGCUAGGGUCUUUAGCAAGCCGAUUGCUAUCCAGAAUAAGAGUGGCAAGGAGAACUUGCGCAGACGGGUUGUAAAACCACGUGGUCAUGGUCAUCGGUUUGCCCAUUAG